CUGGCGCCUGCAUUGACUGCCGUGGUCAUAAGAAACGUCGAUCUAUAAAAACAAGCCGAACUUAUAGAAACAUUCGCCACCAAAGUGCCAAUAAACGAAUAAUUAUGUUUCGAUGCAUUUUCUGCUAAGUCUUUAUAUCAAAACUCUGUAAUUACACACAAGAUGUGAAGCAGUACAGCAGUAUGGAGUGUUAUCUGGACUGUACGUUACAGGAGGCCUAACACAGUGUGUUUGCAGCAGGGAGGAGACCAGCAGCAGCAGCUCAGUGGAGAAUAGCUCCUCUGUGAACGCCCUUCGGACUGACUUGCCUCUGAAUCACAUUUUCCACCUACAACAGUGUUACUUAAGACUGGGCCCCUCCAACGGAACUCAUGCAACAAAACUUUUUUCCUCCUCGCCGAGAGAUUCACUGAAACGAGUCGUUCUACUGCUGCGCACUCACAUAACCCAAGAGGAUCAAUACAGUCAACUACUCAGAAACUUUUGUUUCAAGUUGAAGACUUUCCACUAAAGUUGUUUUGUCUUUUUACGGGAGAUCAUGAGCGCAUAUCGGAUUAAUGGCUGUCAUUCUUCUGUCACGUUUGAUCAAUCGGUCCCAAUGGAGCUGUUUAAGUUAACGAGCACAGUGUUUCUGCCGUGAUCGAUGACAGUUAAUGGUAAAUCGUUGCUGAUUAUCGGGGGAGUGAGUAUUGAUCUUUCUGCACUGACAUGGAUCUUCAGGUGAUUGUCUGGCUGUUCUACAGCUUUCUACUGCCCACUGCGCUGUUAACAGCUUGUCUUUUUCGCUACAAUGUCCUGUCACUGGUUUACUUCCUCUAUGUGCUGCUGCUGCCGUGGUUCCUGUGUCCCAACAAACACACCAUCAGAGGUCACACAGGCCGUUUCAUCAAAGUAGUAUUCUGUACCAGUCUACUGUUUGUACUGGCUCAUAUCUGCUUCCAGACGGUACUAUACACCUAUCCUCCUCUCAACAUUGCUAUCGGUGAUAACUGUUCACAAUGGGACAGCAUAACCAGACAUAUAGGACUGUCCAGGCUUCCCUUCGAUGAUCCUUGGAGUGUGUCACGCCUCCUGUGUCCUGACCUGGGUGUGUGUGUGGUUGCCUUGGUAACCAUAGUCCUCUGCAGCAGAUUGGUCAGGAACAGAGAAAUGGUGGCUGCUGCCAACAUUACAUCACUAGAAGAUGAUCCAGCAGACAAAACUGCAGACGAUGAAGAGGAGGAGGCAUCAGAGGAUGAAGAUGAAGAAGAGAGGUCAUCACCUGGUGACCCUGAUGAGGAGGUUUCAACAGCAACAAGAGCCAAGCAGCUGGCUGAGCGCCUGAAGGCCACAGCCCGGAAAGCUCUGCGGGACUUGGGGAGAAUCCUUGCCAUCAGCCUGCUGGCUUUAGCUGGCAUCACACAGCCCUCUGCCUUCUCAGCCAUCUACUUCCUGCUUUUCAUUGGUGUGUCUACAUGGUGGGCAUGUCACCUUCCCAUCAGUCACCUGGGUUUCAAUGCACUGUGUGUGAUGGUGGGCUUCUUCACUGCUGGUCACAUGGUUUGUCUGUACCUAUACCAGAGUCUACUGGCCCAGGCCCUGUUCCCCCCCCACAGUCUGUGGGCCAGGCUCUUUGGUCUGAAGGAUAUCAUCAUACCAGGAAACUGCUCCUCGCCCUAUGACCUCAACCUUAAUGCUGGUCAUGAAUGGCCAGUUUAUGUCAACCCAGGAAUACUGUUCUUCCUCUACAUCACCAUAACAACUGUUCUCAAGACAGGAUGUCAUGGAACAUCUAACCAGGUUGAGGAGGAGCAGCAGAAAAGGGAGGAAUCAAAGGAGGAGAUGGUGGAGUUAAGACCAUGGAAUCAACAGAAUGACGAUGACACACAGCUCAUACUCCUGUCUAUGGGAACAGAAAGCAGUAGAGGAGGACCUGUGGCUGGAGAGAGUCAGCCAGACCUGGGUGUUAGUGACACUCCCAGUGGCCAACAGAGUGAAAGUCCGUUUUUCCUGCUGGGAAAGGUCGUCAUGCAACAGAGCUAUGUCUGUGCUCUUAUAGCAAUGAUGGUCUGGAGCAUCACAUACCACAGCUGGCUGACCUUUGUGCUGCUACUGUGGGCUUGUCUCAUUUGGAUCCUGCGUGCCAGACGGCAUGCAGCCACACUGUGCUCACCAUUCAUCCUGUUGUACGGCCUGGCUCUGUGUUGUCUGCAGUACGUCUGGGCCAUGGAGCUUGAGCCUGAACUUCCCACCACUGUGGGAACCAUGAGCCUCAGACAGCUAGGACUAGACAGAGCCCAGUACCCCUGCCUAAGACUGGGAGCUAUGCUUCUGUUCACUUUAACCUUCUGGCUGUUGGUACGUCAGUCAGUGAAGGAAAACUUUAGCAGGAAAAGGAAAAUGACCAUACAACUACAGGAAGUCACAACAGGAGAAGAGGGGGCUGGUAAUGAAUCAGUGCUGAAGGUUCUGGGAGGCAUGGUGAUGAGCUGUUAUGCCAAAUACUGGAUCUACGUGUGUGGAGGGAUGUUCAUCAUGGUUUCCUUUGCUGGAAAACUUGUUGGAUACAAGAUCAUCUACAUGCUGCUGUUCUUGCUCUGCCUCUGUCUCUAUCAGGUGUACUACCCUCUGUGGAGGCGUCUGUUGAAGCUCUUUUGGUGGCUUGUUGUGGCCUACACCAUGCUGGUGUUGAUCUCCAUCUACACUUAUCAGUUUGAAGACUUCCCUGGAUACUGGAGAAACUUCACUGGUUUCACAGAACAACAGCUGGCAGCAAUUGGUCUAGAGACAUUUGCCUUGUCCGAGCUCUUCAGUAGUAUUCUGAUCCCUGGCUUCUUCCUGCUGGCCUGUAUUCUGCAGCUGCACUACUUCCACAAACCCUUCAUGAAAAUCACUGACCUGGAGCAUGUUACACCUAUACACAGGAGGAAAAACAGUGAGAAGACCGAACAGAUUGGCUCUAGUAAUGUGGGAGUGAACUUUGAAGAGGAAGACCUGGUGACCAACAUAGAUGAUGAAUCUGAGGAUGAAGUCGAGUUGAUGCCCAGUAAGUGGGGUCUGGUGAUGGACAGGUUACUGGUUCUGUCCAGAAGGUUCUCUGACAUUCUCACCAAGGUUCAAGUGUUUCUCUGGGGGCUUCUGGAACUUCACAUCCUUAAGAUGGUGGCCUUCUUCUCCGUGUGGGUUGCACUUGAGGAGCCAUCGGUGAUGAACCUGGUCCUGGUGGUGUUGUGGUCUCUGGCAAUGCCAUAUGGUCGCUUCAGGCCCAUGGCCUCCUGUCUGUCUACUGUCUGGGUGUGUGUUAUCAUAGUGUGUAAGAUGCUGUACCAGCUCAGUGUUGUCAACCCUGCUGAGUACUCCAGUAACUGUAGUCUGCCUAUAACAAAUGAAACCAACCUGUUACCAGAGGAAAUGAUGAACUCCUCUCUGUAUAAGGACCCCGUGGAUCCAGCCAAAUGGUUUGGCAUUAGGAAAGAUGCCACUGUACUGGGUUACAGCAAGAACCAUUUAAUAGUGCUGAUGCUGUUGGUGUUUGAGGCGACAGUGUAUCGACACCAGGCUCACCACUAUCGUCAGCUCCAACGAUCUCCUCCAACCAUCCCUGCUCUGUUCCCUGCUGCCACCAGGGACACACUAGACCAGGGUUUAAUAUCCUGCUUCAAGUACCUGCUCAACUACACUUUCUACAAGUUUGGAUUAGAGAUUUGUUUCCUGAUGACUGUGAAUGUGAUCGGCCAGCGGAUGAACUUCCUGGUGAUAAUCCACGGCUGUUGGUUGGUAGCCAUCUUGGUGAGGCGGCGGCGAGCAGCUAUUGCCAGGAUCUGGCCCAAAUAUUGUCUCUUCCUGUCCAUGUUCAUGAUCUACCAGUAUAUACUGUGUGUGGGCAUGCCACCCGCUCUCUGUAUAGACUACCCAUGGCGAUGGAACACUCCAGUUUUGAUGAACUCGGCUCUCAUUAAAUGGAUCUAUCUGCCUGACUUCUACACUGUGCCUAACUCCAAAAACCUCAUAGCGGACUUUGUGCUGCUGAUGUGUGCGUCCCAGCAGUGGAAGGUGUUUGAGAGUGAGCACACAGAGGAGUGGAUGGUUCUGGCAGGAGAAAACACAGACAACCCUGAACCAAUGGAAGGUCGACUGUUCAACCCUGCACCCAAUUUCAUCAACUGCAGGAGUUACCUGGACAUGGCUAAAGUUCUGGUGUUUCGUCACCUCUUCUGGUUUGUGCUGUCAGUGGUCUUCAUCACCGGGGCCACCAGGAUCUCUGUGUUCGGGUUGGGCUACCUUCUAGCCUGCUUCUUUUUUCUGCUGUUUGGAACCCAACUAUUGGUCAAAACAUCCAGGACCCGUCUCGCCCUGUGGGACUGUCUCAUCAUCUAUAAUGUGGCAGUCAUUGUAUCCAAAAAUAUGUUAUCAAUCCUGGCAUGUGUGUUUGUGUCUGAUUUGCAGAAGGGCUUCUGUUGGGUGAUCCAACUCUUCAGUCUGGUUUGUACAGUCAAAGGAUACUAUGACCCAAAUGUAGUGAGUGACAAGACGUGUAGUCUCCCAGUAGAGGAAGCCGGGAUCAUCUGGGACAGUAUCUGUUUUCUCUUCCUGUUGCUGCAGAGGAGGGUCUUCCUCAGUUUCUACUUCCUGCAUGUUAGGGCAGAGCUGCAAGCUUCUGCCAAACAGGCCUCGAGGGGGUUUGAGCUCUUCAGAGCCAGUAUUGUGAAGAACAUUAAGUUCCACCAACAAGCUGAGAGGAAAUCUCUGUCACAGCUCAAGAGAUCGAUGGAGAGAAUUCGCUCCAAGCAGCAGAAGUACAGAGAUGGACACAAAACAAUUGAAAAAUCCAACGAGAAUCAAACUGCCGAAACCCAUACAGACCAGAAGAUGUCCAGGAAGAAAAAGUGGUAUCAACCAUGGUUGGACCAUGCAACAGUGCUCCACUCAGGAGAGUACUACCUGUUUGAAUCAGACAGUGAGGAUGAAGAGGAGCUGCAGUCUGAAGAACAGAAACCUCAAAAACAGACUGCCUGUCAGUUGGCAUACCAGGCGUGGGUCACCAGUGUGAAAACAGCUCUGAGAGAACGUCAGAGACGCCAGAGACAGUUGAGGAGGAUUGAGAGAAAAGAGAAAGAGAGAGAAGAACAAAUAUCUUCACAACAGGAGUCUUAUUCUGUGAUAGGUUGUGGGGACAAUGACGUGUUUGAGGACUCUGUAAUCCAGGAGGAGGUGGAGGAGCCAGAGGAGAAGCAAUCGGGUCAUGGUGAGAUGGUCCAGAGGAUCUUGGAUAUCCUGCGCUUCUUAUGGGCCAUAGUUCUGGCGAUGAUAGAUGGACUAACUCAGUGGCUUAAUCUGCUGACUAAACAGUACAGAGAGACAUCUACUGUUCUGUGCAAUGAACGCUACUUCAUCAUACACAAGAUACAGCAGCAUCAUACAACAGCAGACUCCACAGAUGACCAGUUAUCGCAGGGCAGUGAGAAUCCCACACUGGAGACCUGUUUGGAUGAGACUGAUGCAGAAAACUCCACCAGAUACAGCUGCCUGGAAGUGGAUAGCAGGAGUAUAACAAGCCGUUCUACCCCCAGGCCAAAGCUAAACAGCACUGGGAACCUCUUGAGUCAGGAACCCCCACCCAGCAGCACGGAGAUCAUACCAGACCCAUCCCAGCAACAACACAGACACUCCAGAACAGCCAGUGAGCUUCUGGGAGACAGGCAGUUCUUCUCUGAGGAGCUAGAACAGAGCAGAGAGUUCUACAACAACCAGAACCGUCUGCUGAAGCUGCUGUUUGCCAUGUACAACCUGCUGGCAGCCAACUCAGAGCUAGUUUGCUAUUUCAUCAUAGUGUUAAACAAUGUGGUCAGUGCCUCUGUGAUAUCACUGGUCCUGCCCAUAAUGGUGUUCCUAUGGGCUAUGUUGGCUGUCCCAAGACCAACCAAGAAGUUCUGGAUGACUGCUAUAGUCUACACAGAGGUGAUGAUAGUGGUGAAAUACCUUUUCCAGUUUGGAUUCUUUCCCUGGAACAGUGUUUAUGAGAUGAUGCUAAAUGAAGACAAGCCUUUCUUCCCACCUCGCAUCCUGGGCCUGGAGAAGACUGACAACUACAUCAGAUAUGAUCUUCUUCAGCUGCUGGCUCUGUUCUUCCAUAGAUCCCUGCUCAUGCGUUAUGGCCUGUGGGACCACGAGGGCCCUCUGGAGGAGCAAAGUUCCUCACCAGAGUGUUGUAAGGAUGAAGAAAAAAUGGGAGAAGGAGAUGAAGAUGGAAGGAAGGAGGGACGAGGAGAAGAGGUGGAGGGAAGAGUCAGCUCAACAUCCACCCUGGAAAACCCGGAAAUUACUGAAUUGGACCAGCUUGAAAAGGAUAACAUGGACUGUGUUGAACCAAGUACCAGCUCUGCUGCUGCUACACCACAACGCCCUGCUGCUGAACCAGCACCAGCACAGGAUGGACAGGAAACUCCGCCUGGGCUGAGUGACGUGUUGGAUCCUCCCAGCAGGCAGAGGGAGGAUAAGAUAGAGGGAGACAAUGCACAGGUCAAAGAGGAAAUCCCAAAGAAAAGCAGCAGCAUCCGCUUCCGCAAGAAGCCUAAACAACCCAAAGAACAGCGAGGCAAAGCUGAACCCACAGCUGAGACUGCAGAUUCCAGUGAAGAAGCAAUAAAGAAGAAGCAGAAAGGCAGGAGGAGAGAGGCAGCCAGUCAGAGACUGCUGGCUGUGGGACACAAGAUAAAACAUGUCCUCAUCUCUGGUGUUCAGAGUGUUUACAGUCCGGCUCAGGGUUUCUUCAGGGAUAUUGUCCAUGCUGAGUAUAGGGCUGCCACCGAUGUCUAUGCACUCAUGUUCCUGACUGAUGUCAUCGAUUUCAUCAUCAUUGUCUUUGGCUUUUGGGCUUUUGGGAAACACAGUGCAGCAGCUGAUAUAGCCUCCACCCUGUCAGAGGACCAGGUUCCUGAGGCCUUCCUGGUUAUGCUGCUCAUCCAAUUCAGCACCAUGAUCAUCGAUAGAGCCUUGUACCUGCGCAAAGCCGUCCUGGGAAAACUCAUUUUUCAGGUGAUCCUUGUGUUUGGGAUCCACUUGUGGAUGUUCUUCAUCCUGCCUGCUGUCACUGAAAGGAUGUUCAAUCAGAACUUUGUGGCCCAGCUCUGGUACUUUGUCAAGUGUAUUUACUUUGGCCUGUCAGCCUAUCAGAUCCGCUGUGGAUACCCCACUCGUAUUCUUGGUAACUUCCUCACCAAGAAAUACAACCACCUCAACCUGUUUCUCUUUCAAGGGUUUCGUCUGGUGCCUUUCCUGGUGGAACUGAGAGCAGUGAUGGACUGGGUUUGGACUGACACCACUCUGUCUCUGUCUAACUGGAUGUGUGUGGAGGACAUUUAUGCCAACAUUUUCAUCAUCAAAUGCAGCCGUGAGACAGAGAAGAAAUACCCGCAGCCUAAAGGGCAGAAGAAGAAGAAGAUAGUGAAAUACGGCAUGGGUGGACUCAUCAUCUUCUUCUUGAUCUGCAUCAUAUGGUUUCCCCUUCUCUUCAUUUCAUUGGUCAGAUCAGUGGUGGGUGUGGUCAACCACCCCAUCGAUGUCACAGUGACUGUCAAGCUGGGAGGAUACGAGCCCCUUUUCACCAUGAGUGUGCAGCAGCAGUCCAUCAAGCCCUUCACAGAGGCUGGAUAUGAUGAACUCACCAAAAAGUUUGGAGACAAUGCGGUAGCCAUGCAGUUCAUCACUCUCUACAGUUAUGACGACAUUGUGACGGCCAAGAUUGAGGGCAGUUCAGGAUCAGUGUGGCGGAUAAGCCCCCCCAGCAGACAAGAAGUCAUUAAAGAACUGCUUGGAAGCCAUGGUGACUUAACACUACGUCUGGCCUGGAACUUUCAAAGGGACCUGGGUAAAGGGGGGACUGUGGAAUACACUUCUGACAAACACUCUAUUGACCUGGAACCUGGGAACCCAGUCAGAGCAGAUCUGGCCUCACUACUGGUUGGCAAUCGCACUACACCUGUGCAUGUUUCCAAUAUGUUUCCUAACUACAUCCGUGCCCCCAAUGGAGCAGAGGCCAAACCAGUCAGUCAACUAUAUAAAGGUAAUGAAGAUGGUUACCUGAAUAUAACCCUGUCCCUGAUGAGUGACAGGUCACUGAAUGUCAGUGGGAACCAGGAGUGGUGGGACAUUGCCAUUGCAGGCUGUAAGGAAUCAUGUGGGGUUCUACCCAUGGUCAUAUUCAAUGACAAAGUCAGUCCACCAAGCCUGGGCUUCCUGGCUGGAUACGGGAUCAUGGGUUUGUAUGUGUCUGUGGUCCUAGUCAUUGGAAAGUUUGUACGUGGCUUCUUCAGUGAGAUCUCCCACUCCAUCAUGUUUGAGGAGCUGCCCUGUGUGGACCGCAUCCUGAAGCUCUGCACGGACAUCUUCCUGGUGCGUGAGACAGGAGAGCUGGAGCUGGAAGAGGAACUUUAUUCCAAACUGAUCUUCCUCUACCGAUCUCCAGAGACCAUGAUCAAAUGGACCAGGGACAUCCACAGCCAAGACGGAUACUGAUUGACUAACUGAUUAUGUUUUGUUAUAAUAGAAUACAGUGAUAUCUAAAGCAGACUGCAAAGAUGUCCAGGGAACAGUAUGUGAAAGGCUUCCUUAGAACACUCUUUACGAGUGAACAUUGGACUUACAGCAAAGGAGACACAUGAAAGGAGAUGUACUCUAACAAACAAACUGUAUGAAGCAUCUCCUGUUGCUGGACAAAUUCUUAACAGCUGCCUGAGCACUUUCGUCAAACCAUUUUACACUACAAACUAUUGAGAGUGGGAUUACUGUCCCAGUGUGUGUGUUGAUUGAAAACAGCUGAAUGUCUGUCCUGCAGGAUUGAACACAACGCCCCUGGAAGGCAAAAGCAGUGGUUGAAUUGAGUGUGUGACCUCAGUGGUUGAAGGUCACACAAGAGAGACUUCAUUCCUGCCCUCUGUUCAUUUGAGCCACCCAAGCGAAAAUACAUGUGGCUAAAACUUGAAACUGAUUGUAGGUUGAACCAGCUGCAGUUACUAUAUCAGUAUGCUGAUAGAUUUAAAAACAUGCCAUGCUGACAGUAAAACUUAAAAUUAUUGUAAAAGUAACAUGUGGGCAGCAGCCAUGUUAAUUUUACUUUACAUCAUGAGCCUAGUUUGAUAAAACAGGUCUGAUUUAAAGCACCAGUUUAGGUUAUUUUUCCCACUCAGAAGAAAAUACAGUUUAUAGAGUUUGGACCUGGAUCAAAAACAGCUCUUUCAGUUCCAGGCCAACACAGGUCCCAGGUUCAGGGGUGGUGGAUAAAACAGGUUGGUGAGAUAGCUGUGGAUCAUGCUUCUCAAAGACAAGAAGACAGGUUUGCUGGUCUAAACAUAGCACAAAAAGUAAUGAAAUUUGUGUUUGGUAGAUUAUUUCUUUGUUAUAACAAUGUUUC